CCAGUUCCAGUACCGACGCUCCCGCAGCUCUACAGUUGCUUAUGUGGCUGAAAGUAUGCGUGUAGCCGCAUAGCGCUCUGAGCAAUAUUGACGUGGAGACGCCGUUAUGAGGGACCAUGUUUUCCUCCUCGUCCUUCUUUGUCUUUUCUGCUCCGUUCUGCUGGCAGAAGUAGACGAGAGGCUUCCCAACAGAUGUGAAGUGUGUAAGUACCUCACUGUUGAGCUGCAGUCGGCUCUUGAAAAAUCGAGCCAGUCGAAGGAGGUCCUGGAGCUGGGGCAGGUGCUGGACUCGGGUGUGAGGAAACGCAAGAUAAAAUACAACACCUCAGAGACACGGCUGGCAGAGGCCCUCGAUAACAUCUGCCAGGGAAUCCUGGAGUACAGUGUGCAUGCAGAGAGGCCAGGCAGCCUGAGAUAUGCCAAGGGCACCAGUGAGACCAUGGCCACUCUGAAGAACUUGGUGCAGAAGGGAGUGAAGGUGGAGCUGGGGAUCCCCUAUGAGCUGUGGGACGAGCCAUCUGUGGAGGUGUCUGACAUGAAGAAGCAGUGCGAGGCGAUACUGGAGGAGUAUGAAGAGGUUGUGGAGAGCUGGUAUCUUCAUCACCAGGACCAGCGGCUCGAGUCCUUCCUGUGUGAGAAACACGUCCUGCAGAGCACUGAGCUGGAGUGUCUGAGGGAGGAGUGGAAGGGUGACACGGGGAAGAAGAGAGCGAGUGAAGGACGGAGCGAGAAGAAAGGGAGGAAAAAAACAACAGAGGAGGAGAGGAGGGAAGAGAAGUCAGGAGGGGGGGCCGCAGGGCACGAUGCAGGGGAGCUGUGAGAGGAGUGGAGAGAAGGGGAGGGGAGACUCAGUGCUAUCAUUCAGAAGAACAGCAAGGAAGAGGUCGCUCAACCCAGCAGAGCUCGUCCGGUCCCUACAGCAGCUGAUCAAUCUCACAACUCUGUCGAGUCGGGUCUCUGCCAAUCCGGACUGAGAAUCCUGUGCCUGGGGGGAGGGGCUUGCUCCAUGAUUGGCUGUGAGUUCUCAGGAUUGAGUCAAGGGGAGGGUCGUUCCUGAGCAGAGAAUGCAUUUUGAAUAUCGCCUCGCAGCGUUUGUAUUUGUCUUUGUAGUUUUAAUAUCCCUCGCUGCGUGUUUUAUAACACGUGUCCGUUCUCUCUUUUGCAAUACUGUGCGAGCAAUGGCUUCUGUUACCUGUAUUACAAACCUCAACUAGCAGGGUGCUUUCUGUGUUGUGCUGGCAAUGGGUCACAGUGUUUUGUAACUUUUUAUUUUUUCAAACUGUUAUAUAAAUGUUUCUAAUAAAAAAAAAAUGUG